AUGGAGAACUUGCAAAGAUAUAACAGCGCUACUUAUAGUGCUGGAAGGAGAAUCCGUCAAUACGACUCUUUACCCCUUCCAGCCUGUGUGGUCAAGGACCGAAAUGACGACAUUAGCCACAUAACUGACUUAUUUGGUGCAACCGCUUUCAAAAUGGUUAUCAAAAGACAUCACCAACAACCCGGUUAUACAGGAUUAUUGUCGAUAAUGUCCAACAAAGCAGCGCAGACCGUGGAACAUGGAGGCUAUGUGCGGCAAUCCAGAGAAGAAUGCCGUGUUAUCCGUGGGCGUUUGAUGCAUCGCCUACAGAGUGUACGCAUCUCGCUCAAAUGCUUGAAUGGCACAACCUUUGUGGACGAUCUUUAUCCUGAGAUGAUAUGUCCACACAUCAAGCUCAGAAGGAGCAUGCUUGAAAACAGAUCUGAGAUAAGGAAGUGUCGAGAAUGCCGCACCGAAUACAGUAUUGACUUCGACUACUACGACAGCCAUGGGAGAGCAAUGUUCUUCACGAGAUGGAAGGACUUGGGGCCUGACCCAGAGAAUGAGAUAUGGAAACAGCAUAUCCCACUGAAUGUGUCGGACCUCUUUUUUGUAUCUUUCUUUCAGAGUGGGCUUUCGGCUCAGACUUCAACGGGGGCUCAGACUGCAAUGGGGGUCCAGACUCAAGUUGAACGCCAGUCUCAAGGCGGGGAAAUAUCUUCUGCAUUCGGAGACGGCAACGACUUCAAGUUCGAUUCAUGGCUAACGCCAAGGAACAAGUCUGAACUGCUCCGAUUUCAGGAGCAAUGCGUUGCUUGGCAAUGA